AUGUCGACUGAUCUCAAUGAUUACACUAUCAUCAAGGAAGGAGAAGCCGAGAUUCUUAUGCAUGCUAAAAAUGAAGUCUUUUUCAACAAAACCCAGGUUAAUAACAGAGACAUGUCCAUAGCGGUCCUGAGGACAUUUAUAUCAAGAAGGAAGCAGGAAGAUGAGGCAUUGUUGUCUAAAAGAAACAAAUCAGCACCAAAGGCGCUUGAUAAGAAUGUUCCUUAUUCUGGCGUAGAAGAUAAACCCGCUGACUCUGAUAUGAAUAUUGAAAAAUCGAAUGAACAAGGGAUUGAAGAGAAAUUCAAUGAUGACCCAUGUACAACAUCAGAAGAACCGGUAAAGAUAGAGGGAAAAGUUCGAGGGGAGCUCAAACCUCCAAGAGUUCUAGAGGCCUUGUCUGCAUCUGGGUUAAGGGCUCUGAGAUAUGCUCGGGAAGUAAAAGGGAUUGGCCAAAUUGUUGCCUUAGACAAUGAUAAAGGGGCAGUUGAAGCUUGCCAGAGAAACAUAAAGUUCAAUGGCUCUGUAGCAUGUUCGAAAGUGGAAUCACAUCUUGCUGAUGCUCGAGUAUACAUGCUUACCCACCCAAAAGAAUUCGAUGUGGUUGAUCUCGAUCCUUAUGGUUCACCUUCUGUGUUCCUGGACUCUGCAGUUCAAUCUGUUGUCGAUGGGGGCAUGCUGAUGUGCACUGCAACUGAUAUGGCAGUCCUUUGUGGGGGUACUGGGGAGGUUUGCUAUUCCAAAUAUGGAUCAUAUCCCUUGAAAGGGAAAUAUUGCCAUGAAAUGGCUUUGAGGAUCCUCCUAGCCUGCAUUGAGAGUCAUGCGAACCGCUACAAACGUUAUAUUGUUCCUGUUCUGUCUGUCCAGAUGGACUUUUAUGUCCGUGUUUUUGUUCGUGUAUACUCUUCCGCAAGUGCGAUGAAGAAUACACCCCUUAAGCUCUCAUAUGUCUAUCAAUGCACUGGUUGUGAUUCUUUUCAUCUACAGUCUCUUGGGAGAACUGUUUCCAAGAAUACCAGUGUGAGGUAUCUCCCAGGCUUUGCACCUAUCGUCCCUCAAGAGUGUAGUGAUUGUGGGAAGAAAUUUAACAUGGGUGGACCUAUAUGGUCUGCUCCCAUCCAUGAUCAAGAUUGGGUAACUAACAUCCUAGCUGAUGUAAAAUCAAUGAAGGAUUUUUAUCCUGCCUACGAACGCAUCUCGGCUGUUUUGACUACAAUUUCAGAGGAAUUGCCUGAUGUCCCUCUAUUUUUGAGUCUGCACAACCUCUGUGCUACGCUAAAAUGCACUUCCCCUUCGGCGGUUAUUUUCCGCUCGGCUGUGAUCAAUGCGGGAUAUCGAAUUUCUGGAACUCAUGUAAAUCCGUUGGGACUAAAAUCGGAUGCUCCCAUGGAUGUCAUUUGGGACAUAAUGCGCUGCUGGGUUAAAAAUCAUCCAGUGAAGGCUCAACCGGCUGAUCAACCUGGAAGUGUGAUACUUGCCAAAGAACCGGUUCUUCAAGCAAAUUUUGCUCGAGCUGUUGCAUCCCUUAGCAAGGCGCAAGCUAAAAAGGUUGCUCGCUUCCUGCCAAAUCCCGAAAGGCACUGGGGGCCAAAGGUUAGGGCUGGUCGCCAAAUCACCAGCAAGCACAUCUCUCUUUUGGGUGAGGAUGCAGUAAAUGGAUGCCUCAAUGAUCAAGACAGUGAGCGUGAUGCCAAACGUCAAAAGACCGAGAAGUCGGAUGAUGAUGAUGCUAUCGCAGAACCAUAGAUCUAGGAGGGUAGCCUAGCCAAGGUGGUAGAAACUCGAUUGUUACUGUCUCAUCGCCUAGAAUUUGUCAUGGUUUAGUGGGUUAAAAUUCAUUGUUCUGUGACUAUAAUCCGUUUUGCAAAAUGCAGUUUCUGUUUGAUAACUAAUUAAAAUUUUUAAGCAAUUUAUUGAAGUUUUGGGGUGUUGGAA